GUGUUGCAAGGUUUUUCAGAUCAGAAUCCGGUAAAAUGUUAGACAAAGUGACGAUGACUUCACGCGGGGCAAGGGGCAAUUUUAGUCAUAUUUAUAAGAAUUUAUUCACAUUUAUAUUAAUAUGUUUACCCUGCAAGUUUUGCCAAGCAGAGAAGAUGUAUGUAGAGGUGAAGACUUUGGACCUCCUUGUGGAUGAAACGCGACUCUUUAAGUUCAUACAGAUCGGUGAAUACAACGAGACCCUCUCAGUAACAGCCCAAAUACAACAUCCAGAUAUAGUACAGUUUGUGCCUUCGACGAUUAACAUUCCGGCAGUGGAACAGCCGAAUACAACAGCGGAAUUGGCUUACGAUAUAUGCGCGUAUGGAAGAAGCCCCGGCCAUUCAGAGGUUACGUUCUCCGCGUCGCCUACAGAUGUGGUUAAUUUGGAUUCACUAUUCAUGAGAAUAACAGUGAUGCAUUCGAAAGCGAUUUACGUGAUUUCCUAUAUAAUGGGAUGGAUAUACUUUGUGGCGUGGUCCGUCUCGUUCUACCCUCAAAUAUACAUAAAUUUCAAAAGGAAGAGUGUGGUCGGACUCAAUUUCGAUUUCUUGGCGUUGAAUGUGAUGGGAUUCACUAUGUAUUCGCUUUUCAACUGUGGUCUGUUCUUUUCAAAGGAAAUUCAGGCGGAAUACUUCAGUCGUCAUCCCCGCGGUUUAAAUCCUGUACAAUUGAAUGAUGUCUUCUUUUCGCUACACGCUGUAUUUGCCACUAUCAUUACUAUUAUACAGUGCAUUAUAUAUGAGCGCGAAGACCAACGCGUAUCGAUGACAGGGCGUGGCAUAUUGACAGUGUUCGUGGGCGUGGUUAUAGUAACGGCGAGUCUUGCGGGCGCCAGUAUCUUAAAGUGGCUAGACUUUUUGUACUACUGCAGUUAUAUUAAACUGAGUAUUACUCUCAUCAAAUAUAUUCCGCAGGCAUACAUGAACUACAAGCGUAAAUCCACUGUGGGCUGGAGUAUUGGGAAUAUCUUUUUGGACUUCGUUGGAGGGUUCCUAUCGAUUCUUCAAAUGACGUUGAACGCGUACAAUUACAACGAUUGGGUGUCGUUCUUCGGUGACGCGACCAAAUUCGGCCUCGGCUUAUUCAGUUUGGUCUUCGAUAUAUUCUUCAUAUUGCAGCACUAUGUGUUUUACAGAGAGCACAGUGAUUAUAUUAACGUGAAAAGUGAAGAUGAAUUGACUUAUUUGAUGGACAAUCGUUACUACAGUGGGGAUGAAGCGUUUUUGAUUAACUUUUGGAAUGGUGACGAAAAGAAAUACAACAUGGACGUCAAGGUGUAAAUUCGCAUUUGGACGUUGUGAUAAGAGAUUUACGACUGCCUAAAUCUACGUAUAGUUUGAUAGCUAUUCUAUAAGAUUUCACUUAUAGAAUAGAUAUUAAUAGAUAUUCAACCUAUUGGAAUUUGAAAAAAUGUUAAAUUAUAAAUUUGAAUGUUUUGUUAAUGAGGGUAUAAACAUUAGAAUUGGCAGCUACCCGCAAUUUUUUGCAAAAAUUUCAAAUUAAAUACUCGAAAUGUUAUGGAGAUCUUUAAGGUGAUAGUAUUAUUUUUUUGAUGUUUAUUUUUGUUUUUCAUAAAUUCUUUACAAUAUAGUGUUCUUAUUUUUCCGAGGCAAGGCAUACUAAAUUAUCUUUUUAUAUAAAAUCACUCAUCUAUGUAUAAAAUAAUAAUCGAAAAACACAGAAAAUCCUAUUUAUAAUUUUAUUUAAUUGAUUGAAAUGCGUUUAAUUAUUACAGUCAAUUGUGAUAACAUUUCUUCAACUUCAACUCAAAAAAAUUCCGACUAUACUUUGGUGGAAAUGUGGAUUUAUUAUUUUAAAUUUACAAUUGUAAUGAUUAAACCAGUUUUAAUCCGGAAAGAGUAGUAGUACUAAAUUAAAAAUUAUAUAUAGAAAAUAAAAUUAAUUUGAUGAGUUAUCUAUGAAAACUGUUUAAAAUUUAUUUUGGAAAUGUUAUAAAUUGUUAAGUUUUCUUAAGUACCUGAAGUUUGUAUAUGAAAUAAUCUGUGAUGAACACAUUUUAUAUUAAAAUGUGUAUAAACUACUUGCAUUUUGAUUUCUUCUAUCAUAUCAUUAUUAUUGUAAAGUUUUGUGAAGACAAUAAAUAAGUAUUUGUUU